AUGGUAUCCAAGUACCGGCACUUCCUAGGCGAAGACAAAGAUCCCUCGUUGAACCUGGUCAAUGUGGCACACACGCUCGCCAACCGACGAGAGCACUUCCAGCGGCCUACCUUUGCCGUCGCUACCAAUGACAAGUUCGAAGUAGCCGGAGCAGUGACUGGAAGCCCCAAGGAUGGUCCAGCCGGUGUACCCCCACUUGUCAUGCCAGGACCAGCCGCAUUUACGAAGCCAGGGUUUCACAGCCGCUCUGUACGGCGCUACAACUGGGCUUGGUCGACGCCCUGGCUGCUGUUGGGAUUAAACCCAGUGCCGUGGUCGUACACUCCAGUGGCGAAUUUGCCGCUGCAUAUGCCGCGGGUGCCCCCACUGCAGAGGAGGUUAUCGCAGUGGCAUACCCGAGGACUUGCCACCAAACCCAAGGAGACGGCCACGACGGCCACGCAAAAGGGAUCGGGAGGCAUGGCGGUGGUGGGGCUCGGCUGGGACCAGAUAAAGGAAUUUCUAGCCCCGGGUGUCGUCGCGGCCUGUGACAACUCUCCUAGCAGUGUAACUAUUUCGGGAGACUCGGAUGUGUUGGAUCUGGUGGUGGCGGCCGUCAAGCAAGUGUAUCCCGAUGUGCCAACGACCACACUCAAGGUUGAGCAGGCGUACCAUUCGCAUCAUAUGCUAGCUUUCGGGGAAGCUUAUUACCAGUCCAUGGUUGAUGCUGGCGUUACCUCAGUGCCUCACUACUGGAAGUCCAACCUUGGGAAUCCUGUUCUUUUCCAGGCCGCAGUAACCAACAUUCACCACUCCGCCGACAUGGCCAAUGCCGUGUUCCUGGAGAUCGGCCCACACUCUGCUGGUCCGGUGCGCCAGAUCCUCACACACGAGGCUUCCAGCGGCACUUCCUACGUGCCGACUCUUGUUCGGCGUCAAAACGGCUUGGAGAACCUACUCCAGGCCAUUGGAAAGCUCUAUGUCCUGAAUGUGCCUAUCGACAUUUCGUCUCUUGCACCCGGUGGAACGGCGAUCCCAAAUCUACCAGCGUAUGCUUGGGAUCACUCGCGAGGACACACGUUCGAGUCGCGUGUGAUCAACGCGUGGCUUCACAAGAAAUACCCGACCAUUCUCUCCUGGGCACCCGAGUCCCGGAGAGCACCGACCUCGAGCCGGCGUGGCGCAACCUGCUGCGGCUGGAUACGGCGCCUUGGAUUGUCCACCACAAGCUGUGCGAAGCCGUAA